GAGCAGGUUGGGAUACAGGAGGACCGUGGCGGGCGGACAUGUUGUGCGAGCAGAGCCGGAGCGAGUGAGCAAGUGUAAAUAGCAACGGAGGCGGCGGCGAGCCGGGGGACGACUGACGCUUCAACCACUUUUUCUAACUCGAGCCGCUGGCUGCUUCGCUCAUACUUUUUUCACGUCAACUCUAUUUUAUUUCUCUUUCUUUACGGGGGAAGAUCUCGCCCCCUCCCUCGAGGCCCAGCGGAAAUAGGUCAAUCCCCGGACUUUCCCGAAGAGCGUAGCCGAGUCAGAAGGGCGAGCCGUGCGGGGUGAGUUGCGGAGGUGGAGGCCGAAGGAAUCAGACAGGCGCCCAAUGCAGCUUCUCGGCGGCAGGUUACUUUGCAUUUCACCAUCUCCAUUCAGCAAGAAGCACGUUCGUUCCCGUCUGGCGCUGGGCAGCCCCCACUCAUACUGAGUCGAACUCAUCAUGUUUUGGAAGUUUGACCUUCACACAACGUCGCACAUUGACACACUUUUAGAACGUGAGGAUGUCACACUCUUUGAGCUUAUGGAUGAGGAGGACGUGCUCCAGGAAUGCAAGGCCAAUAACCGCAAACUGGUGGAGUUUCUCACACGACCGCACAACAUGGAGGCACUUGUCACCUGCAUUACAGUGGAACCGUCGGAGGAUAUGGACGAGAAAGUUCGAUACAAGUACCCUAAUAUAUCCUGUGAGAUACUGACAGCCGACGUGACUCAGGUUAAUGAUGCAUUGGGUGAGGACGAGUCGCUGUUGAGCCGCCUCUAUGCCUUUCUGCAGAAUGACAAUGUUCUUAAUCCUCUUUUGGCAAGUUUCUUCAGUAAAGUGAUGGGCAUCCUCAUCAACAGAAAGAGUGAGCAGAUAGUGGAUUUUCUACGGAAAAAGGAUGAUUUUGUAGGCUUGCUGUUGAAACACAUAGGAACUUCGGCUAUUAUGGACCUCCUACUCAGGCUUCUUACGUGCGUGGAGCAGCCCAACCUCAGGCAGGACGUUUUGAAUUGGCUAAAUGAGGAGAAAAUUAUCCAGAGACUCAUUGAGAUGAUCCACCAUUCCAAAGAUGAGGAUCAACACUCUAAUGCAUCACAGUCUCUCUGUGACAUUAUCCGACUGAGCCGUGAACAAAUGAUUCAAAUUCAGGACAGUCCAGAGCCAGAUCAGCUGCUCGCCACACUUGAGAAACAGGAGACUAUAAAGCAGCUGCUCAGUAACAUGUUUGAUGGUGAGAAGAAUGAAUCUGUGAUUGUAAACGGGAUCCAGGUGCUGCUGACACUGCUGGAAACACGUAGACCCCGGUCGGAUCUGGGUGGUAUGAGUGGACUUUUCUGCAACAUCGAUGGCCAGCUGGAUCUGUGCCCCCCUGGAAUGGAUCAUGCCUGCAGUCAGGUCAGUGCAGGAACCCUUCAGGCUAUCAAACUGAGACUGCGAGAUUUCCAUCAGCUCCUCCUUGACCCACCAAAGAAAACUAAGAUGGUGACAACCUGGGGCACCUUGGACCCACCAUUGGGGAACACGCGGGUUCAUGUGGUCAAGCUCGUCACUAGUAUCUUGCAGGUGAACAAUAGCACUGUGAAUCAGGAAUUGAUGGAGUUAAACACACUGGAUGUUCUUCUGGAUCUCUACUUCAAGUAUGUGUGGAAUAACUUCCUUCACUUGCAAGUGGAGCUGUGUAUUAGCACGGCCCUGGGCAAUCCCCCAGCAGAAGAUAGCACUGAAACUAAUGUGGGAAAUCAUACCGAAGACAACUCUGAAACCAACCAAGAUAACCCACUCAUCAGACACCUCUUCCAGAAAUGCCAACUAAUGCACAGAGUAGUGUCGGCCUGGGAGGAAAAUGAAAAAGUCCAGUCAGAAGGUGGCAGGCGGAAAGGGUACAUGGGUCAUUUAACAAGAAUAGCAAACGCCAUGGCGCAGAACUCAGAAAAUGGUCCUAACCACACUUCAAUCGCACAGAUGAUUAAAGAACUGCCAGAUGAAGAUCAGGAGCGGUGGGACAAGUUUGUGCUGGGAUCACUCUCUGACAUGAACAAGAAGAACACUGUUGAUUUGGUAAAUAUGCGGAAUCUGCACUCCUCAAGUGACGACGAUGAGAAUGAUCUGAAAGAAUUCAGCUUUCCUCAGGAGGCUGUUUUGCAGCAGGCAUUCUCAGAUUAUCAGGUUCAACAGAUGACCUCCGCCUUUAUCGACCAGUUUGGCUUCAAUGAUGAAGAGUUUGCCGAGCAGGAAGAAAGUGUGAACUCCCCAUUUGAGAGAGCAGCUAAUAUCAGCUUUGUGUUUGAUGCCAACAGUGAUGGUCCAAACAACAGCCUGUUUGAGGAGUGUUGGAAGGAGCGAAUACGGCAGUUCAACGACGACGAAGGCUCAGACGAGGAUGAAGUGUGGCAGGAAAAGGACCUGCACUUCGCAGCGGAUGCUCACCGUGUUACCAGGAGCUCUGGAAGUACAGACAGCGAGGGAAGUAGAGACUCUGAAGAGGAAGAAGAUGAAGAAGGGGGACAGAUGACCAUAAAGCCAACAGACUCAAGGAUGGAAGCAGAUCCAAGCAAAGAAUCUGGUUGGACAGCAGACUUCGAUGCUGUACCUAUGGCAAAUAACGGUGCGAGCCAGAGUGUUGCAGAUGCUGGAUUUAGUGCAUGGGACAAUGCAGAACACACGACGUCACUGCCUCCUUUAGAAGGUUGGGCAGUAUUCGCCAGCUUUGCCUCCCAGGCCGGCCCCUCUGGACGCUUGCGAACAAACUCUCCUGUAUCUAUGGAAACCAAUUCUGCUCCUGCCGGUGAGCUCCAGAGUAGUGGUGACGGACGUGACAAAACAUUGGAGGAAAAGACUUUGGACAUGCAUAGCAGUGGAGAAGAUGACAAAGUGCCAGAUGCCACGAAAACGGGUAUGAUGUCACAGACGGGCACAGAAAAAGCAGCUGUAGAAAACAUGGCGGUUCUCAAUGGCUCUGUGCCAGAAGCGGUCUUAUCGUCUGAGGUGAACAAUCCAGAAGCUAAAACACGCACAAGUGAGGAAGAACUCUUAACUACCUCCGAAGUUGGGCCUACUGCAGGAAGUGUACAAGACAGCUCCGAGGCCUCAACAGUUAGUCCUGUCCCCCAAGCUUCAGAAUCUGAGCGGCAUGAACAGAGCACGUCAAAGGUAUCUGAUGACGAGGCAAGGAGUCAGAAGACGUUCUCUCCAGUUUUAAAUGGUGCUGUGGAUGGGACAUCUGCGAAAACGGAAAACAAGUAGCACUGCAGAGUGCAAUGAGGAAGGUCCUUCUCGGUGCACCCUGAAUGAAACUCCUGGACCGUGCCCACUCCGGUUUGGGAGCUGGUCUCUACACUCUCCGCCGCCGAAGCAGAGAAUCUCCGCCGAAGCCGUCAAAGGCUUCACCUUCCUGGGGCAACCUCUCGGCUGCACUGAUUCAACAAAGAAAUGAGGGGGGAGGGGAUUGGGAGGGGCGGGCAAGGUGUCGGGAGGUGGGAGGGGGAGGAAGGGUGGGCAAGGGAAAAAAAAGAGUUAUUAUAAACCAGCAAUACAAUAUAUAUAACUCAGCUCAUGGAAUCCAAGGAAAUAUUUGUUUCUAACAGUGUGCGCAUGUGGACAGAGAGUUGUUCCCCAUCACGAGUCAGAUAGUUCAUAAAGAGAAUAUAAAUGUUCUCUCUCUAAUACUGUACAGGUGAUAGGAUGGUUCAGGUAAAUCGUAAGACUGAAUACUGUAGUUGAAUUUCUCUGCUUAGUUAAACUGAACUACUGGUUUCCAAUCCUCAUAGGUCCAAAUGUAUUUGUGUCUCUUCAGCUUUCCACACACCACAAUCAAUGCUAAUGAAACGAUGAUCACAUUGAGAGGCCAGUAGUGUCUUUAUGCUGUCCUGGUCUGCUGUGGACAAAUUAGUGUAGAGGUUUAUCAUUUGUUUAAGGCCCUCUAGUGCAUGAAUCUGUAGGGUCUUAAUCCAAUGAUUAAUGUCAUUUCUUACCUUUCAUUCUUUGAUGUAUCUGGCGGUUAAAAUCUGCAGAAUCCCAAUUCUUUUAUGUAUAGUAAAAGUGACCCGUUUGGGACAAAUUAAACUAAUUCUAAAAUUCUCAAUAUCUUGGAAGGGACUAGGACAAGUUUGCAAUUGCAGGAGGUGAGUGAACUGGGCUGCUUAAUUUUGCCAUUAGGUGUACAUUUUUUGUUUAAAGUCAGUAAAACUGAAACAAAAAAAAAAUGGGGUUAACCGCCAACACAUCUUACCCCUCCAAUAGGUCACUUCCUCUGCGGGCUACAAGAUAGGCAUUUGUAUUGAAUCAAAUCACCAAAACAUUUGUAUUUAAGAUCAACGCGUUAGCACACCAACACAGACUCACUCGCUCACAUAUGUGUCCUCCCCCUUCCCCAGUGAGAAUUCUAGCUUUGCUGCUUGUAUAGAGAUUUCCAGCCACAAUGGUGUGGAGAGGGUGAUGUUCCGCCCAUUAGGUACUUAUAAGCUUUAACAAUGAUGCUACUUCAGGGAACUGGACAGAGGUUGUGUUUGAGGCUGAACAUUCCCACCUUGCAACAUUUUUUUUAAAAAAAGGAAUUCUUCUCAUGCACAGCUCUUCCAACUUGAGUUGUGUUUAAACAUCAAGUCAAAGCCAAAAAAAAGUUGAUGGCUGCCCUCCUGUGAGAGAGUCCAGAAGGCUGUUACAUUAGCCCUUUGGCAGGCAAGGGCUAUACUCUUCCAGUACUUUGGGUGGGGAGGGGGUGUUGUGGAGUACAUCUGUGGAUUCCUCUGCCUUGGCCAAAGGCAAGUAACCAGUGUCUGGACGCUGGCUUUGAAGAUAGGUACCUUCAACCCAGUAGCAGUACAGCUGCGAUCAACAUCUAUGGUUCAUCUAUUUUUAUUUAAAGAAAAUGCUUCACGUAAUUCAUAUGGUUUCUACCUUGGUGACUGUUUCAAACUUUUGGGGUCUUUGAUGCCAUGAGCUGAUCAGUGUUAAAUAUUAAAUGGUGAGCUAUCUAUAUUUUCAUAAUGGAGAAAACUUUUUUUGUGCAAAAUGAUGUUUUAGGAAGAGAUGGACUUGAUCUUCCAUGCCCAUGAUUGGCUGGAUUCCAAAAGAUCUGAUAAGUAAGUAGUUAAAUUGUUCCUGGUGCUUAUGGAAUCACAGACAUUCAGAGCACAGUAGAAUGCUUAGCCCAUUCGCCUUAAGAGUGGUUGGUUGCCUGAUUGCAGCUUGCAUCCAAUGUUGGAAGAACAACGGUUUGUUUGGCAAACCCCCAUGCAGCAAGCUUGGAUUCUCACCACCAACUUCUUUCUGUUCCUCGUGUUGGUGCUGAGCAGUUUGGCCAGAGCUCGAUUUGUGGGGUGUUGAGGCUGGGGGUUGCAGUGCUGGGAGGGUAGUGGCUGGGAAGAAGGACAAACAUCCCAUAAAAGCCAGAAGGGAGAUACAAAUCCCAAUCUUGAGCGUGCGAUGAAUUUUUCUACUAAAGAGGCUGAAAGCUAAUAGGACCAUAAAGAAAUUGCACUUUCUUAUUUGAAAACUAGUGGCUAACUGUAGAACAAGCCACAUGCCAACUGCAAAUGUGUUUGCAGCUUGUGCUUCACUGCAGGGGAGGAAGUAUUGUGUUGACGGGGGCAGGUGGGCGAAAAACAUAUCCUGAAGCAAAUGGUGGCAUGGCUCAUGAAGUGAAGUUUCACUUAUCAUGGUCUGGUUGUUAAAUUUGGUAGCCUUCCCCAAAAACUUCUAUAGUCCAGCACCUCCUCGUUGUCCUAGUGCAGUGCUAAAAUCCAUGCCAUCCCUUGCCAAUGAUGGGAAAAAUCUGACACGCUACGUUAAAUUAUUUUGUUACUUCAAAGGUCAGUCAGUGGCUGAAGCCAAUGUUGAGGAUGUGCUGUUUUGGUUAAAAUUUGCUCAAGAAAUUAUAAUUGUUCUAGAGUUUCAUGUUGACAUAGCUAAAUUCUGGAGAAACCAGUGCUGCAGAAACCCAAGGAAGGUUGCAAGUUAAGUUCUGUCCAUAAUUUGAGAAAUUUCCUCAAUCAACCCUGGAUCCUGGGUGUUGGGUGAUCAAAACUCUGUCAUCUUAUGUGUCAGCUUAAUUGCCAGGGAAACCUGGCAGCUCAGAGAGUGAACAUUAGAGUUUUUCUGAACUGCUCCAUGCUGUCUGGCUGCAGGCCUUGAGCACUCCCACAAGAGCCAGCUAGCAAGGUGUGUGGAGAAGUGUACAGCACACGAGUUUAUCCAGGUACCUCUACUGCCACCAACCAAUAUCACAGCCUAAGAGUAAAAAAUCACUCUUUGGAGCAGUAUUUCGUUGUUUUGAAAACUUUUUUUCUUAUUCUUCUAUACCUCAUGUAUCAAAUAUUAAUAGGGUAGUGGGUACUCCAAGAACUUCAAACAAUGUCUUAAGCCAUACGAAGUUGUGCCCAAAAUAAGGUUGCUGCCGUAGGAGGCCUAGUGGGUUAUUCCCUUUAUAUCGUCCGUUGGUUAAUUUGGUGAGUCACCAAACCCAACUUGAUGCUUAGCCAGUGUUAUUGAUUGAUAUCACACAAGGCAUUGUUCAAAGAUACCUCAAUGAGUCCCCACUUCUGUUUGCUAUUCAAGGUGCUCCUUGCUGCUGGAAUGUGGAGCAAGAAACUGUUUCUGUUCAGAUUUCUGCCUCCCCUUACACCGAAACCUGGCAGAAACAAGGCCUGUUCAAUGCAAAGCAAUGCUUGUAACAAUUAUCCACUGUAAAGCCUUAUCCCCAAAAGUACUUAUCUUCAAGAUGCAGUGAAAAACAUUUUGAGAUGCAUGUUGACCGAUCAGCCUUUUCCCUCCAGUUCUGUUGGGAAGCUGAUGUUAAACUGGGCUUCCAGCUUCCUCAUUAGAGAACUAAUUGGGACAUAGUCAUUGUGGGAUUAACAUGACUCACUGACAGUAACCUAGUGGCAGGGGCAGUCAGCACCCAUAAUUGGCACAAAAUAAAAGUUUUGAAAUCCAGCCAGGGUGGGUUGAAGCAAGGUAAAUCCUUUCUCUUUUAAGAUUAUUGAUGUUUGAUGUGUGCAGCAAAUCGUAAUAAAAUUUAAACUGUAGCAGUUGUCUGGCUGGUUACUGUUUCUUUUGGUAACAAACACUGAAAACAACGUGAGAGCGAAUCUUAAAGCAUUUCUCGUUUAUUGUAAAAGUAACCGUUUAUUCUAGGAGAAAUAUUGUUUAUAUACCACAACUGUACAGACAUAAACACGUUCGUAGGGCUGACAAACCUAUUGUUGUAAUAAAAUAUUCUAUCUAU